GGCAGCAAGCGGGAAGGCACCAAGAGAGGAAGGAAACCUGGACGCAAAGCCAAGUCUGAUAUGAAGGCCAAACUAGAACGGAGUCGGCAGAGUGCUAGAGAAUGCCGUGCACGUAAAAAGCUGCGAUACCAAUAUUUAGAAGAACUUGUUGCAAAUCGUGAGAAGGCUGUGUUUGCACUUCACAGAGAAUUAGAUCAGUAUCGUCAGUGGGCAAAAGAAAUAGAUGAAGGAAAAAUCCCAGAAGGUUUUCAGAAGUUAAUUGAAGAAGAAAAGGUGAAGAAGGCAGAAAACGAAUGAUAUUAUGGAUUGUGGAUGAUCAUCAACAAGAAAACUUUUGGAAAGGCAAGAUGUUGAACAAUUGCCUACCAAUUUGGAAUUCAAGAUUGAGAUAGGACAAUUCAACACUGAUAUGAUUCUUAUCAUUCAACUUAACUAAAAUAUUUGUUUUUGAGAGAAGUGGAACAUCUUGAAGUUGAAUUCAGGUUAAGAAUUUCUUGGGUAUAGUUAGAUCUUUACAUACCAAAGGUCUACCUGCUUGCUGCCUUCAAAAGCCCAUCAUGCUGACUAUAUUAUGUAUAUUUUAGUUCUGAAAAUAGAUGGUGUUGAGUUUUUUCAUUUUCAUAUCACACUUGUAUUCUUCAUUGUUAUGUAUACUUUUUUAUGUAAACAAAAAUAGAAUUAGAAUUAGGUUUCACUCAUUAUCAUUUCAUGUUCAUGUUACAAAAAAUAGAAAAGUAAAAAAAAUAUAUAUGUGUGCUUAUAUAGAAGAGUAAUUCAGUUAUUCUAUUUUUUUUUCAGUUCAAAGACUAACCCAUUAAUUAUUAGGUACAUUAUUAUUAUAAUCAUAUCAAAUAAAAGUGCUAAAAUUAUUAAAACAAA